AUGAGCACAACCACGAUUACGCAGCUUGUGAGAUGGCGAGUAAGGCAUUUGGCAGCAUGUUUGUAUGCAUGCAGGCUUCCUCUUAUAGAUGAACCGGAUUGCUCUACAUCGACUGAUGAAGUGCCAGAAAAGAAAAUGGUUUUCGACCCUAUCGGAGAGAGCAGAAGAAGUGAGACCAGCAGACAAAAAUCAAGAAGAAAGAACCGAGAUCAAGAGAGGGCAUCCCCUGAAAAUCCUAAGCAAAAAAGCAGUAGCAAGAGAAGUGAAGAUAGGAGGGGUGAAUCAAGCAUGUCAAGUUUUGCUGAAGAAGAAUACAUUGUUUUCUGCUUUACAGAUGAUGGAGAAAUCCAGAUGGUUAAAGAGAAAAGGUCAUCAGGGGCAUCUCAUGGCCCGAUUAAUCCUGCCAAGAGACGUUCAAGGAGGGUAAAUGAUACGACACAGAAUUGUGGUGAGAAUGCUGAAGGAACUUCCAUCCCUAGCCAUGUUGCAGGAGACACUGCCCUCUGUGAUGAACAUGCCGAAGAAGAAGGAAGCAACGAUGUAGAAGUAGAGUGCAUUCCUGAUGAGAUCAAAGAAAUUAAUCACUAUGGACCUCAUGAAUGCAGAACUUUGUCUUCCAUGUUAUCUGUAGCUGAAUCAAGUGAUUCCAAUCAAUCGGAUGCCAGCACAGGUUCAUUUGCCUUCCCAAUAUUGGGAAGGGAUUGGAUGGGCAGCCCUGUUCAUAUGCCGAAGCCAGAAGACGUGCACUUGCAGAAGCACAAGGCUAAUAUCACACCAUCAGAGUAG